ACCGCUCGGGCCCGGUGUGUCUGCGCCUGCGCGCGGCGCCGAGGGGACGGGGUCGGACUCAGAAAUGGCGGCCUCCGUGCUCUACAGCUGUCUGCGGGCCGCCGCCACCCUUAGGAGCCACCAGUCCCGGACGGCGCUGCGGGCCGCCGCCCAGGUAUGGCGGCCCAGCCCGCUCUCGCUUCGUGAGUCGGCAGGAGAAAGGGCGAGGUUUUGGGAAGUUCUGGAUUAUUUAACAACCAUGUACUCCAAAUACAGCAGCCACAGCAAAGGCAUCUCUCACUCCAUGAGUACAUGAGCAUGGGACUGCUGCAAGAAGCUGGUGUCUCUAUUCCCAAAGGACAUGUGGCAAAGUCACCAGAUGAAGCUUAUGCAAUUGCCAAAAAAUUAGGUACUAAAUCAAGAAUAACUUGUGCCA